AAACACGCGUCUAAAUUGAGCUCAGUUUCUCAACAGAUGCUGAAGGCAAUGAACACGAAUUCUGCAUUUUUGGCAAUUUUCCUACUCUCAGCAUUGUCGGCUCGGGCGGCGCCUACGACCGAGUACUGUGACAAUGGCACUGGCGAGUGCAAGGAGCUCACAGCCACAGACUGCCCCGUCCUCUUCUAUAUUGAAUUUAUUAUCGGAGCCAACAAGAUUAAAUACUGCGACAAGGUUAAAGACAUUGUUUGCUGCCCGCUGCCACUGAAUGCACAGAAGCGAGUGAUGACGCCAGCCGAUCCGAGGAAGCUGUACGAAAAGGAGUGCCGUCGAUAUAAUGAUGUGCGACCCACCUGCCGCUCCACGCCACUCAUUUUGGGUGGCACCGAGGUCAAAGGUCGCGAGUAUCCCUUCAUGGCGCUGCUGGGCAUACAACAGCCAGGCAGCUCCACCAUUAGCUGGGAUUGUGGCGGCACCUUAAUCCACCCGAAGUUUGUGCUAACUGCAGCCCAUUGCCUGGAGACAACCGAGACGAAGGAGCAACGCCUAGAUCCCAAUUACAAAUCACCCAAAUUCGUGGUACGCCUGGGUGAAUUGGACUACAACAGCACCACAGACGAUGCCCAGCCCCAGGACUUUCGGCUAGUCAACUAUGUGGUGCAUCCGGCCUAUGAUGAGAAUGAGGAUGAUGGCAGCCGCCUAAAUGACAUCGCGCUGCUCGAGCUGGACCGAAAUGCCACACUCAAUGAGUAUGUGGCGCCGGCCUGUCUGCCCUCCAGCAGCGGCGACGAGCCCCUCGAUCUGACUGCCGCUGGCUGGGGCUACACGAAGAAUGCGGGCGACAAAUCCUCAAAGCUGCUGCAAGUGGGCCUCAAGCGCUACGGCGACCAGGUGUGCAGCGAGCGACUCGAGAGUCGCAUCGUAUCCCGCACUCAGUUCUGCGCUGGCUCCGGCUCAGCGAGCAGCCAGGCAGACACCUGCAACGGCGACUCUGGCGGACCCAUCUUCGUGCAGCACCCGGUCUACAAUUGCCUAACGCAGGUGAUUGGCAUCACCUCGUACGGCGCCAUCUGCGGCAAUUACAAAUUUCCCAGCGUCUACACCAAGGUUCAUCUUUAUACGGAUUGGAUUGAGAAUAUUGUCUGGGGCGAGUGAUGCAAAUUACUCCCGAGGAUUAUAUCUGGAGGA